GCAGCUAAAAGAAGCUGAGCAGAGAACAUCCUAUCCAGCCUGCUGCCAACAUGGACCAAGAAGUGGUGGGGUGCUUUGUCCUUCUGGUCAUUGUCACUCUCUUAAGUGUCAUCCAAAACGCCUUUUUUGCAAGCAAGGUAGAACAUGAAAGCAAGAACCACACGGGGAAAAGUUUUCAGCGAGCUGGGCCGUCUGCCUUUGAACGCGUCUCCAUUGCCAACCAAAACUGCAGAGACGCCUACCCUACCUUUCUUGCGGUGCUUUGGUGUGCUGGUUUGCUUUGUAGCCAAGUUCCUGCUGCCUUCGCUGGGUUGAUGUACUUGUUUGUGAGGCAGAAGUAUUUUGUUGGCUAUUUGGGAGAAAGGACACAGAGCACGCCUGGUUACAUGUUUGGAAAACGCGUCAUAUCGUUCCUUUUCCUUAUGUCUGUGGCGGGAGUCUUCAACUAUUACCUCUGCCUCUUUUUUGGAAGUGACUUUCAGAUGUAUAUAAAAACGGUGACCGGUACCAUCUCCCCACUGCUGCUUAUUCCUUAAAUAACCUCAGAAAAAGGGCUGGAAGAGGUGGAGGCAGAAUGGAAGAGAUCAGGGUGCUUAGCCAAUCGAUUUCCAGAAGCAUAUGUUUGAAAUGAACCUGCAAAGCUCCUUUUAGAUUGCCAUAAAUCUAAUGCUCUUUAGGGCUUUGUAGUUUUGAUUUAACACCGCUUUUUCUCUGCAAGAAAAUUAUUUAUGGCAAGCACUUGACAUGUCUUUGGGAGAAGAGUAAUAUGUCCCGGUAAUUUAUAGGUCCUCUCUCUGUAAAUGGCAACUUGCUUUGUUUGGGUCACUGAAUUGUUAGGUAUAAGGGAAAUUUUUCAUUGGCAUCAGAUUUUUAAACAGGGUACGAAAGUAAAGUAAUUGUGUUCAUCAUGGAUUUGCAAUUUCUUUGACAUCCAGUGGGACUCAGACUCCCAUCUUGCUAGUAGCAGAGAGAUGCAAUGUAAUCCUAAAGAGAGGUACACCAUUCUAAGCCCAUUGACUUCAAUAGACUUACAAGGGUGUUAACUCUACUUCGGAUUCUUCAGUUAAUGGAAAUGUAUGCAUUUACUUACACCCUGGUUAUCACUAUCAUAUUACUUAAAUAUAAAUAAGAAUAAAUAUAUAUUUGUGUAUGUUUUUUUUC